AUGACAGAGUUUCCAGAUAAUUUGGCGGCAGACCCGCCGCCCUUUGACCCGCGUGCACAGACACAGACGGUUUUCAAAGUGCAGCUAGGAAUAUGCUCAGGAUUGGGUUUGGUGAUCUCAUUGUUGUUCUGCGUGUUGCGGAAAAGGUUCCCCGUGAUCUACGCGAUUCGGCCGUACCGCAACAAGAACAUCCGGAUGCUUCCCGGGACGCUUUUCGGGUGGAUCCCGGUGCUUUACGAUAUUUCUCCCGAGGAGGUUCUCCAGGUUGCAGGAUUGGAUGCAUACGUGUUUCUCCGGUUCUUCAGGAUGUGCGUGAAGAUCCUGCUGGUGUUGUCCGUGCUGGGCAUUGCGUUCAUGUGCCCCGUGCGGUACUGGCUGACGGGCCACUUCGACCGGGACCUGCCGGGGAGCGCUACCGGGGCCCCCGGUGGGCCUACCGGGGACCACUUCGAGCCACCGGGCUACCUUCUUCUCUGCACCAUUUUCACCUACGUGUUCACACUCGUGGUCUACUACUUCAUGUUUUCCGAGACCAGGCACAUCAUCCGGACCCGGCAGCGGUUCCUCGGGUCGCAGAAAUCGCUCACUGACCGCACAAUCAUGAUUACAAACGUGCCUGCCCCGAUGAGAGAUGAAACGGCACUAAAGACGCACAUCGAGCAGUUGGGGGUCGGCCGGGUGGACUCUGUGUUUCUCGCGCGGGACUACACGGUGCUCCAGGAGCUGUUUGUGCGGCGGGAGGCCGUGCGGAGUCGUUUGGAGGCCUUGUACAGCCGGUACUACGGACUGGAGGUGCACGUGCUCCGGCCGGCCGCCGGCGGAGCUCACGGGGCCCCCGCGGUGGCUCUACGGGGGCUGCCUGGUGGAGUUACGGGGCCGCCUGGUGACGCUACCGGGUCCCGCCGCCCCCUGCUCCGCCUCGGCCCCCUGGGCCUCGUGGGCCGCAAGGUGGACGCCAUCAGACACUUCUCGUGGCUGCUCGUUCACACAGACGGGCAGAUCCGCCGGCUGAAGCACCGUGCCACCUUCCGGCCCAUCCCCUGUGCAUUUGUCAGCAUGAAAUCCGUCACAGACGCCCAGAUGGCCGCACAGGCCCUUUUCUCGCCCAACCCCUCCCAAUUAGAGACUUGCCUAGCCCCAGCCCCCUUCGAUAUCGCGUGGAACAACCUCCUGUUGAGCAGCCGGCAGGUGUUCAUGCGCAGGAACGUCAUCGAGAUGCUGUGCAUGGCGUUCUCGGCCCUCUUGAUCGUCCCAAUCCGGUACAUCACGUCUCUUUUGAACGUCCAGUACAUCAAGAAGCUGUGGCCCGAGUUCGGCCGCUAUUUGCUGGCCCACGACACCCUCCGCACGCUUGUCACGGGUGUGCUGCCCACGUAUCUCUUCACGAUCAUCAACACGAUCCUCCCCUACUGCAUCUACUCACUCUGCCAGCUCCAGGGCAUGCCCUCUAAGGGCGAGAUGGAGUUGUCCGUCGUCAAGAAGAACUUCAUGUACAUCUUCUUCAACAUGUUCUUGGUCUUCACCUUGUUCGGCACCUUCACCAGCUACCGCGCUCUUCUCUCAGACACAACCAAGAUCGCCCCCUUGUUGGCCAAGUCCAUCGAGAGUCUCUCGUUGUUUUACGUCGACUUGAUCGUGCUUCACGGCUUCACCAUCCUGCCGCUCCAGCUCCUCCAGUUCGGCGACUUGCUGCUCGAUUUUUGGCACUGUGUCAUCUGCCGGCUCUCCCGGACACCUCGCACACUCCGUGACCUCUUCUACAAGCCCACCAUCUUCCAGGUCGGCCUCGUUCUCCCGCAGCACAUCCUCAUCCUCAUCAUCAUCUCAUCUACUCCGUGCUCUCCACCCGCAUCAUGGUCUGCGGCCUCGUCUACUUCUUCGUCGGCUACUGGGUCUACAAGUACCAGCUUGUCUACUCCAUGGUCCACCCGUACCACAGCACGGGCAAAGUCUGGCCCAUCGUCUUCCAGCGUGUCUGUCUCGAUGUUCGGCACCUUGGCCUUGGAGAAGUCCUACGUUCCCGCCGGUUUGAUCAUCCCGCUCUUCCCCACCACCUUGAUCGCCAUGAUGUACUUCAAGCGUAACUAUCUUCCCUUGCUCAACUACAUUGCACUCGAUGCCAUCAAGACCGACGGCCUGUCCGUUGACCCGGGCAGCGAGGACGACUUUGAGAGCUUCAUACGCUCCGCCAAGCCCAAGAAACGCGGUAACUCCGUCGUUCUAACCGACGGCUACUACGACUCCGCUGGAAUUCUCCAUGUUGACAAUCCUGACCAGUCUGUAUCCCAGUCUGCAUCCCAGGCUGCAUCCCCAACUUCUGACCAUGGCUGUGCUCUCGACGACACCGAUAUUGCCAAUUUAUCGCAGAGCACGCUGCAGAACCAGCACAUGAUUCGGAGAAAGCCGAGCACCAUCGAGGAGCAGCGUGAGGCCUUGCAGAACUACGUUUAUCCAUAUCUUGUGGAUCCCCUGGAUGGGCCUUUGGUUGGUUUUCUGGGCGAUUACAUAGACACCAUCCGUUACAGGAAGAAUGUUGUCUACAGACAUGCUGCUUAUGGCUCGGUGCAGGACCAGGAGGUGUACCAUGACUUGGAGCGUGACUUUGAGGAGCAUUCCGACCUUGAAGUGGAAAUAGUGCGCACGGAAAACUCCCAGAAUGAGUAUGAUUAG